AACGAGAGAAAGAAAAAUAAGAGAAGCAUUGUUGUCUUCCGGGUGAGGUGUUUUCAUCAUUAGCAUGCUGUAAACGGAUUAAGACGAAACUGUUCGUGUGUUUCUUCUCCUUUCUCCCGUCAGUGAAACAGAAUGUGGACUCCAGCAAAUGGAUGGGAUUGUUAACGGAGAAGUUUAUCAGACAGCUGCUUGAACUCCAGAUCACAAUGUCAGUUUCAGUACAGAAGACAGAUGUGUGGUUGCCACCAGACUGGGAGGAUGACGAGCGGAUGGCUUUUUUAUUUUCAGCCUUCAAAGAGAACCGAGAUGUUGACUGCACAGACUGGGAUGGAAAGAUAGACUUCUGGAGCCCUUUGAUUAUUGAACACUGCAGGCGACGUGGAUCAGUGUGUGUGAAUCUGCAGGAAUUGAAUGAGAGUUUCAGAAGAAAGGGGUCUGUACCUCUGGGUUUGAGUACUGUCAUUCACAGCAUGAUGAGGAGUGGAAAGGUGCAAAAAGAAUCCGAUUUUGCAGCAAGCGUCGACUCUGGUUGGUUGUCGUGGGGUGUUGGACUUUUGUUGGUUCGACCUCUGAAAUGGACUUUAUCUACUCUGCUGGGCAGUGGGAGAGUUCCUCUGGAGGAGUCGUUUGUUGUGAUAGAACUGGUGAAAGAAAAGGCCGCAGCGCUUUUGGCGGCAUAUCGGAGUUCUCCACUGGCAGAACGCUCUUUGGUGUCUUUCCAAGAGCUGCGUGCUCUCUCAUCUCACAUCUGUCCUGAUGAAAGCGCGCUCUGCAUGGCUCUGCUACAGCUACAAAGAGAGAAACAAGUCACCGUCUCACUCCAUGAAGGUGAAAAGCUGGUGAAAUUCAGUCAUGCAGGGCAGGGCCGCAUAUCUCCUGUCAGUGAGGUGGACCUGGGCAUCUAUCAACUCCAGCGCAGUGAGAAACUUCUGGAGGAGAGGGUGGAGGCGUUGGGACAAGAAGUGGAAAAGUGUAAACAGCAAGCAAAGACUCUGCUUAAAGAGGGGAAGAAAUCACAGGCCCUGAGGUGUUUACGUGGCGGCAAACGGGUGGAGAAAAAAGCUGAUCGUCUUUUCGCUCAGCUUGAGACCGUGAAGGGGAUCCUGGAGAGGAUAGCAAACUCCCAAACUGACCGUCUGGUGAUGCAGGCCUACCAGGCAGGUGUGGCGGCUUUGAGGAUUUCAUUGAAGGGUGUGACUGUGGAGCGAGCGGAGAACCUGGUUGAUCAGAUACAGGAGUUGUGUGAUACUCAGGAUGAAGUGAACCAGACUCUUGCCAGUGGGACACUGGACUCUGGUGCUGACUCAGAUGAGUUGGAGGAGGAGCUGAAGUCAUUAUUGGAGAAAACCAUCCCAUAUAGCAAUGAUGUACUGCCGGAAGUCCCUACACACCCUGUUUUUCCUGCAAAAAUGACAGCUAUGUCAGUUGAUGAUUUUGUUCAGUCUCUGCCCCAUGUGCCUAAUGCCAGCCUGGGCAUCACAGAUGAGGAGUUGGACAGAGAACUGAGUCGGCUUUCAGUGUCUGACACAGCUGUGCAGAUGGGGAAUGUUUCAUCUCACAGAAGACUUGAGCCGGCACAGUAAACAAGUUUUAGCACAGAGAACCUCAAAAAUGGGUUAAUCAACUGAGAAAGCCAUCAAAUACAGGACAGUAUAUAAUACAUGUGUGUCCUUUCAUUGUAAUAAGCCCUUAUUCAUAUUUGUAACAGCAUGUUUAUUUCUAUUUUUAGAGAAUGUUUUAAAAGUGGCCUUUGAGUUUGUAAGGUCUGUAAUGUAUUAUUCUAAUAAAAACUACAAAUUAUGAUGCCAAAUAAAGUACUU